CUCGCUCUGGCCGGCGCCGCGCCCCCGCGUCCCCGCGCCGACUCCAGGCUCCAGUCGGUCCCGAGCGCGGCGGCUGGGCGGCGGGUUGCAGCGGCGGAGCGUGCGAACCCGGGCAGGCGUCGGGGUCCGCGGCGUCGCGCGAGGAGACUAGGAGCCGGGAGACUCGAGCAGCGCGAUGGCCCCCAUUGGCCUCAAAGCGGUGGUGGGAGAAAAGAUCAUGCAUGAUGUGAUAAAGAAGGUAAAGAAGAAGGGGGAGUGGAAGGUGCUGGUGGUCGAUCAGCUGAGCAUGAGGAUGCUGUCCUCCUGCUGUAAGAUGACGGACAUCAUGACCGAGGGCAUCACAAUUGUGGAAGACAUCAACAAGCGCCGAGAGCCGCUCCCCAGCCUGGAGGCUGUGUAUCUCAUCACUCCAUCUGAGAAGUCUGUCCACUCUCUCAUCAGUGACUUUAAGGAUCCCCCGACUGCUAAGUACCGGGCUGCACACGUCUUCUUCACCGACUCUUGUCCAGAUGCGCUGUUUAAUGAGCUGGUAAAAUCUCGAGCAGCCAAAGUCAUCAAAACUCUGACAGAAAUCAACAUUGCAUUUCUCCCAUAUGAAUCCCAGGUGUAUUCCUUGGACUCUGCUGACUCUUUCCAAAGCUUCUACAGCCCCCACAAGGCUCAAAUGAAGAAUCCUAUACUGGAGCGCCUGGCAGAGCAGAUUGCAACUCUGUGCGCCACUCUGAAGGAAUACCCAGCCGUGCGGUAUCGGGGGGAAUACAAGGACAACGCUUUGCUGGCUCAGCUAAUCCAGGACAAGCUCGACGCCUACAAAGCCGAUGACCCGACAAUGGGGGAGGGCCCAGACAAGGCGCGCUCCCAGCUCCUGAUUCUGGACCGCGGUUUCGACCCCAGCUCCCCUGUACUUCACGAACUGACCUUUCAGGCUAUGAGUUACGAUCUGCUGCCUAUCGAAAAUGAUGUAUACAAGUACGAGACGAGCGGCAUCGGAGAGGCGCGGGUGAAGGAGGUGCUCCUGGACGAGGACGACGACCUGUGGGUAGCGCUGCGCCACAAGCACAUCGCCGAGGUGUCCCAGGAGGUCACCCGUUCUCUGAAAGAUUUUUCUUCUAGCAAGAGAAUGAACACUGGAGAGAAGACCACCAUGCGGGACCUGUCCCAGAUGCUGAAGAAAAUGCCCCAGUACCAGAAAGAGCUCAGCAAGUAUUCAACCCACCUGCACCUUGCCGAGGACUGCAUGAAGCAUUACCAAGGCACUGUGGAUAAACUGUGCCGAGUGGAACAGGACCUGGCCAUGGGCACGGAUGCGGAAGGGGAGAAGAUCAAGGACCCCAUGAGGGCCAUCGUCCCCAUUCUGCUGGAUGCAAAUGUCAGCACUUACGACAAAGUCCGCAUCAUCCUUCUCUACAUCUUUUUGAAGAAUGGCAUCACUGAGGAGAACCUGAACAAAUUGAUCCAGCACGCCCAGAUCCCGCCAGAGGACAGCGAGAUCAUCACCAACAUGGCGCACCUGGGGGUGCCCAUCGUCACAGACUCCACAUUGCGUCGCAGGAGCAAGCCAGAACGGAAGGAGCGCAUCAGUGAGCAGACCUACCAGCUGUCCCGGUGGACCCCGAUUAUUAAAGACAUCAUGGAGGACACUAUUGAAGACAAACUUGAUACCAAGCAUUUCCCUUAUAUCUCUACCCGUUCCUCCGCCUCCUUUAGCACCACCGCUGUCAGCGCCCGCUAUGGGCACUGGCAUAAGAAUAAGGCCCCAGGGGAAUACCGCAGUGGCCCCCGCCUCAUUAUUUUCAUCCUUGGGGGCGUGAGCCUGAAUGAGAUGCGCUGUGCUUACGAGGUGACCCAAGCCAGUGGAAAGUGGGAAGUGCUCAUAGGAUCCACGCACAUUCUCACCCCACAGAAACUGCUGGACACGUUGAAGAAACUGAAUAAAACAGAUGAAGAAAUAAGCAGUUAAAAAAAUAAGCUGCCCCUCCAAAAGUGAACCCUCUUCCUGCAGUGCUCCGCAGCCUCUACCACUGACCACCUUGGUUACUUUGCUGACCCUCCGUCCCUCCAUUGCCUGCCCCAGCCCUGCACGCCCUGGCCAGCACUGUCGCCGCUUCAUUCUUGUGUUUAAUGAUGCUCUCUUCUCAUUUGAAACAAGAAAAUAAUGCAUUGUGUUUUUUAAAAAGAGUAUCUUCUAUAUAUGUGUCCUAAGAGAAGUCUGUGUGUAAGGACACACUGCCGGAGAAGGUGUCAACUGUUUAGAAUGAAUGAGCACCUCCCCGCUAAUGAUUCCGUGACCUUGUACAUAACCCAGCGUGACGUGCCCAUGGCUUGAGUAUGAGAAGGUAGAUGCUUGGGUGUUUUUAAAAACCUGUUUUGAAUUGUUCUUUUUUUGUGGGGAAUCACAAGAUGUCUGAUCUUGGAGUAUUUUAAACUGAGGAUUAAUCUGUUUUCCUCACUCUAGUUCCUACCCCUCCGUGCCUGCUCUCAUCCAGAUAAGCUUGGAAGGGAAUAUCAGGUGACAUUUCAUGAGUUUGAGCUGGAACCGACCUCAGUUGCUUUCCCCAGUGGCUCAUUCCCCCCAGCCCCACCCCCAUCCUGAGAAGCUAUUUUUGUGACCAGGCACCCCCCCCCUAAGCAGCAACCCACAGAGCUCCUGGGUAGCACUCUGGAGCCGGGGAUGGGCUCGCCCAGAAUGGGGCCUGCGGGCUCUGCUCACGGGGCGCUUGCCAGUAGGGGAGGAUGACUUCAGGCCCCCUGAGAACAGCCCAUUGGAUCUCUACAGACUGUUCUGUUCACAUUGCCCUCAGUUUAAGAUACUCUCUAAUGCUCUAUUUUGUGUGGGGCGGGGUCAUAUGUCGUCGUGCUUAUAAGAAAAAAUGAUCAUUUUAUUCUCUGUUUAAAAACUGAGCUCUAUAAAACUUAGCUCUAAAGCAAAAAUUAAGCAAAUACAGGAAGGAUUGUCUCAUCAUCCUCGACUCAGCAGCUGUCUGUUCUUGGGUAGGGAGUGCACUCUGUUCUGCUGCUGUUGCGAAAUGUAAUGACAGUGGAAGUCACAAAAAUGUCCCCUGCCCAGCCCCCUGCAGACCGUGUGAAUAUCACCCCCUGGUGUCAUUGCCCGCGUGGUGUGUGCUCGUUGGCGCGGCCCCGCCUUCCUCUCAGAAGCCCCCGCCCCUCGGCUAAAGGCAUUGUGGUGUUCUUCCCAAGGCUCUGAAAUCUCCCCUUUGCACUCUAGUCUCUGGGCUGUUCUCUCUUCUCCCUCGUCCCCCUCAAGACACCCCACCCUGAGGCCCAAGCUGUAGGCACUCGCAUCGGUUCGUUUCUGCCUGUUCCCGCCUGUUUGUCCCCUUGACCAGACAAUGCUCCUGCUUCAGCACCUGUUCGUCAAACACGUUGGUUUUCCUUUCUCUGUUAUUGAUAUAAAAGUAAUUCAUCAAAAGGAUAUUUUAAAAAAGCUAGUCUGUCUUGAAACUUGUUUACCUUGAAAUUAUCAGAAUCUCAGUGUUUGAAAGUAUUGAAGCACAAACAUGUACAACCUCUGUACCGUCUGUACUAAAGCACUCGAGUCUAAUAAAUCAGUCAGCGCCCAUUCACAGGGUCCAGGGGA